GCAUGGAAAGGUUUCCGGCGAGGCCAAGCGGCGCGGCGCCGAAGGUUCCGCCCAAGGGGCAGCGUGGAUCGGGAGAGCAGCUGGGAAGGUUUGGGUGACAUUUUCUCCUACCAUGAACGAAGCAGGUAAGGCAGUGAGUGUUGCGCGCUGCAGCUGGUCAAUUAUUAUUAUUAUUAUUAUUAUUAUUAUUAUUAUUACCGUUGUUGUUUCGGUUUUCUAGAGUAGGUCCCCAACUCUGUCAUCAAAACAGCAACAAAAGGAGAUUCCCAUCAGUGGCCAAAUAAAUUUCUAUUUUAUAUAUGUGCGUGUUAGAUGGAAACAGAAUAAUAUUAAAUUGUUUACUGUCAGAUAUAAACCCAUGUUGGUGUUAGCAACAACCACCGCGUGUGAAAAUGGCCACUGUUGGUACUGUAAUUACCUUGUUCGUGCUUUUAUCAGUUCCACAAACACACACCUGCAUCUCGGGACAACAUCUCUUGAAGAGUAUAUAGACCACAAAAGUUCGCAAAAGCCAUAAUAAGUGUGUUAACCUUUAUGGUGUCACAAGGCUCCCACCUCAUAAAUGUUAUGAUUCUGCAGUAAAUGCAGCUUCCGGAUCAAGCCCGAAGGAAGCCCCAUACUGUCUUUUAACCAGAUCAGAAUGCUGGUCUUGCUCGUUGAUCCUUUUGACUGUAGAUUCUGAGGAUUGAAUCUGGAACCUUUUUCAUAAGAUGCAGGGGUUCUGCUGCAUAGCUACCUUCUUGUAAAAUGUUGUGUCGAUUAUCAUAAUUAUUGGAUCUCUUAAUAAAAGCAACCGUGACUGUUUGUGGAGAUUCCAAAGCUGACCAUUUAAACUACCAUUGCAAUGAAUUUGUAAUAACUGAAAGCACAGCUAGUUUGUGAAGUGUAAAAGCAGAACCUCAGUGACUCUCCCCUUUCUCCAUCCUUCCCCAUAUCUUCUUUUCAGAGCUGGUUGAAGCUUUUAAAACCAAGAUUACACAGGAGCCAGAUGUUGCCUCUGCUGUGGCAGCCAUCAAUGUCUUGUUGGAGUUCUUGAAGAGGGACAAAGGCACGUAAGGGAAUCCGAUUGGGUGGGCUGAGCUGUGGAGCUACCAGUUUGCACCUGGUUUUCCGGGAACUUUUGAUUUAUAGUAAAACUUGCUGCCACCUUGCUGAGUUCAAGGUGCUGGUUUUGGUGUAUAAAGCCUUAUACAGCUUGCAGCCAGGAUACCUGAAUACCCCUUAUAUACCCAGUCAGCCAUUGUGUUCUGCUGGUGAGAGCCUCUUGCAGACGCCAUCUCAUUAGGAGGCUUGUUCUACAGAAUGUAGGAAUCAGGCCUUUUAGUAUUGUGGUUCCUUCCCUUUGGAAUUCCCUCCCUUUAAUAUUAGACAUGUGCUGUCUCUGUUCAGUACCUACUGAAGACGUCCUCUUUCAACAAGUUUUUUAAUUGGAGUUCUUGUUCCAGUGUGCAUCUGUACUGGAAUUGUUUUUAAUAUGCUUUAAAUAUGUCUUUCAUUCUUUAUCACUUGUUAUUUGCUGCCCUGGGAGGAAGGGCUGGAUAUAAACUUAACAAAUAAGUAGAUCCUGUAAGCUAUAAGUCUGCGCACCCCUGGACAAUGCUGUCAUUGGGCCUUUAGUAGCUUACUCUCUCCCUCUUUCUGUCAAGGUGAGACAAUUCAAGGGUUGAGAGCAAACCUCAAACAUGCAAUAGAAAUUCUCUCUGGUGUUGACUCUUCAGUUGCUGUCUCUUCUGGGGGAGAGCUCUUCUUAAGAUUCAUCAGCCUCACGUCUUUGGAGAAUCCAGUAAGUUUCACUUAGCUUUUCAUAAAGGGUGGCAACUGUUUGAUAGUAGUCUUCUUUACACCAUUGCUGGUUUUUAGAUGAAGGCAAUACAGAGCAGGACCACAAGAGCUGCAAUGAAACACGUUUACCUUGAGUUCUCAGGGACUGCCUCUCCCCAUAUGAACUGACCCAGACCCUGCAAUCAUCAUCUGAGGCCCUUAUUUCUGUGCCACCUCCACGAGAGGUCCAGAGGGCAGCAACACAAGAACAGGCCUUUCCUGCGGUGACUCCACGUUUGUGGAAUGCACUCCCUAGGGAGGCUCACUUGGCACCUUGGUUACAUAUCUUUAGGAACCAGGUGAAAACUUUCCUCUUUCCCAGGCCUUUGGCUAAUUGAGCAAUGUUUGGCCUUUUAAACUCUGGCGGGUAUUGUUUUUGUUUGUUCCUAUGUUACGUAUUUUUGUGAUUUUACAUUGUAAACUGCCCUGUGAUCCUUGGAUGAAAGGCAGUAUAGAAAUUAAAUAAAUACAUAGUUACUUCUUUGCUAUGAUCUGGAACCAGUUUUAAAUAUCAGGGACCAGCGCUGGAACAAAUCAUGUGCUGGUAACAGUGAAAGAGGACUCUGUAGCAUUUGCAAAGUUUGUAUAUCACUCUGUGCACCUCAGAAGACUCAGAGGAUGUCUUUAGCACUUUUUCUGUCUCUCUCUUUUUUUAAAAAAGCUAAGCCAGUCUUGUAAAUAAGCCUAUAGAAGCUACUAGCCUGCACCAAACAAAAAAAACAGCAGAGAGCUGACAGGAGGAGAAUAAAUAAAUCAAGUUAAUAAUAAAUUUCUGUGCUGGUUGUAGAGGGAUGAUGGGAUCCUUCCUUCUUCUGCUAGCUGGCUCAGUAUCUUGCAUACAUGCAAUUCCUUAUCACCUGUGGCUACCAAGCAGUUGCUUAUAAACAAAGUUGUGCUAAGCGUGAUACCCAGGGCAUGCUCUAGUUUAUUUCACUAGUUAUUUUUUCUUUCUUUUUCCAACUGAUAUAAUUAUAGAAACAGUACAAAUUACAUAAUGCAUAUCUAGACAUGUUAAACAUUUCACUUUGAAAUUAUACAGAAUAAGAAACUAUAUUGUUGUGCUAUCUUACAUAUAACAGUAAAGUGCUAAUAUGGAUUAUUAUGUGCUGCUUUUUCCAGGACUAUUCCAAAUGCAAAGAUACCAUGAUUCAGCGAGGGAAGCUUUUCCUCGCUCGAACCUCUAAUUCAAGGAGCAAAAUUGCCGAACUUUGCCACACUUUUGUCAAAGAUGGUGGGGUAAGUGAGCUUGGGUCAUAUUAGGGCAAAGAAAUAGAGUGAAAUGUCUUGUGCGUAUCCCACAGAUGCUCCAUGUGUGCAGAAACUGAUUCUGGGCAGAAAACAUUGUAUCCUAUGAAUCUCUGAGCUAAGCCAGACAUGGAAUCAUAGAAUGGAAAAGACCUUGGAGGUCUUCCAGCCCUGCCUCCCACUCAGGGAAGCAUCUGCAAUGCGGGAUGCAACUUUGCUAUAUAACUAGCCAGACUAACUAACCAUCCAGCCUCUGCUUUAAACUCUCCCAACGAAGGAGAGAGUCCACCUCCUCCUGAGGUUGUCUGUUCCACCGUCAAACAGCUCUUAAUGUCAGAAAGUUCCUUCAUUGCCAGGGGGUUGGACUAGAUGAUCCUUGGGGUCCCUUCCAACUCUACGAUAAUAUGAUUCUGUGACAGUGACUCUUCACAGGGUUGGCGCCAGAGGCUGGGCAUUUGCCAGGGCCCCAAGGCCAGAAGAGGGUCCACUGCCCUAGCAUAAGCUGUUUUGUCACAGAGCCCAUUCCCAAGUUUUGCAUUCAUGGCUGAUGGCCGUCUGUCCUGGAUGCUUUAGUUGAGAUUCCUGCGUUGCAGGGGGUUGGACUAGAUGAUCCUCAGGAUCCCUUCCAACCUCAUGGGUGUUAAUAUAGCCUGGACAGAAUCUCAAGUGGAUUUCCGUGGCACGCAAUAAACUGAAGAAUCCUGUGCCUUGCCUCCUCAGAGAAUCUUAACUCAUGCUUACUCCAAAGUGGUCCUGCGAGUGUUAGAAGCCGCCGUGGAAGCAAAGAAACGUUUCAGUGUCUAUAUCACGGAAUCGCAGCCUGAUCAAGCCGGGCAAGUAGAUGGGACUCCUCUUUUCUUUAUUUUAGGGGCACGAGGCUCUGUGCAAACAGAGGAAGCCGUUUGCUAUCUGUCUUUAUCUGGAAAGGUUUACCCCCCUUCUGCACACUGAACUUGGAAGUAAGUCCCAUUGAACACGGUGGGACAUAUUUCUGAACAAGCACGCAGCAGAUCAGUCUGCAAAUUCAGCAGCUGGUAAAUCACUUUGAUUUAAGAGCAGCCCAAGAAUCAACAGGUUUUGGUGAAUGGAUCUGCCAACUUUGUUUAGGUUGGGCUUUUGCCGCAUGUCCCAUGUUUUAAAUCCCCCUUUCCUCCCAGGAAAUCAGAAUAGUAUACAAGGUUUUAUUUCCUCCACUCCCCAGAAUUUUCUGCCCACAACCACCAUGGGAGGUAAGGUAGGCUGAGAGAUGGUGAUUGGGUCAAAGACCUCACAGUGAGCCACAUGGUGAGUGGAGAUUUGAACCCGGGCCUCUGUGAUUACAGUCCAACACUCUACCGUAGUCUUCCCCAACGUGGUGCCCUCCAGGUGUUGGACUAAACUCUGAUCAUUCCUAGCAAUUGGAGGUUGAUGGAAGUUGGAUUCCUACAACAGCUUGGAGAACCACCUUGGGAAAGCCUGCUCUAACCACUACACAGCACUGCCUCUUUUCCCCUUACUAUUCUGCAUGAACUAGAGGAUUGGAGGGGGGGUGGAGAAGAGCCACCUUGCUUUGUGCCAGGCUACAGUGAAGGGAAGAACUAGUGGGAAAGCAGCCAGAGGGCUUGAGGGAGGAGUAUGUUUCACUUUGUGGAAAGGUUUCUCUGCAAAUCUCAAAAGACUUGUGGAAGGAGAUGUCACCAUUGGUGACCAGGGGAAUAAAUUUGUGGAACUCCAUAGUUUUUUUAAUCUCCAGUGGCACAAUGUGAAGCAUGUCACUUAGAAAUAAACCCCUCUGAGUUCAUUGGGACCUGCUCUCUGGUAAAUUUAAGGUAAAGGGACCCCUGACCAUUAGGUCCAGUCGUGGCUGACUCUGGGGUUGCGGCGCUCAUCUCGCUUUAUUGGCCGAGGGAGCUGGCGUACAGCUUCCGGGUCAUGUGGUCAGCAUGACUAAGCCGCUUCUGGCGAACCAGAGCAGCGCACGGAAACGCCGUUUACCUUCCUGCCAGAGUGGUACCUAUUUAUCUACUUGCACUUUGACGUGCUUUCGAACUGCUAUGUUGGCAGGAGCAGGGACCGAGCAACGGGAGCUCACCCCAUUGCGGGGAUUCGAACCACCGACCUUCUAAUUGGCAAGUCCUAGGCUAUGUGGUUUAGACCACAUCACCACCCACGUCCCUCUGGUAAAUUUGCUUAGACCUGAUUUCUUGAAACAACAUCCUCAGUGCAAAAGGAGGGGUAGGAGUUGCUGAUGAUGAGAAGAAAAAGCAAUUCUAUACCAGGAGCUCAUUUGCAAGAGAGAGAGAGAUUCUGUUAAUUUUUAGAACACUGUUUUGAACAAAAAACUAUUAAUUUAAAAAAAACUAUUAACAAUUACACAGGCAGAAGAUGGCAAAGGCACUCAGUAAACUUGGCAUUCCUGUGACCAUCAUCCUGGAUGCUGCCGUUGGGUAAGUCUGUGUGGCUGGUUCUGCAGCUGGGCUUUUGAAAGGCAGUUGGACAUAGUGACCUGCUGUGAGCGCUGCAGAGGAAGAGAACCUGCUGCAUCCUGGUGUUUAAAGGGCUGGUUCUUGCACUAGUAAGCCAAGGUUGUUGGCCAUAGCGCAGUGCGAGAGCGUUUGCCUUGGGUGCAGAAGGUCCAAGGUUCAGUCCCCAGAGAUUCCAGGUGGGGGUUGGAGAGAGCCCUGCCUGAAACCCUGGAGAGCUGCUGCCAGUCUGUGUAGACAGUACUGUGCUAGAUGGACUACUGGUGGGACUCGGUAUAAGGCAGCUUCCUGUGUCCCCCUCCUUUCUCUUUGGCUGUUUCACAGCUAGUCUUGUGUUUCUCUCCCAAGUGUAAAACAAGUGGCAAGGGGAGGGUAAUAAUAAUAAUAACAAUAAUAAUAAUAAUAACAAUAAAAUAAAAUAAAAAUUUUAUUUCUAUCCCGCCCUCCCCAGCCAAAGCCGGGCUCAGGGCGGCUAACAACAAUAAAAUAGUACAACAUACCAAAAUCAUUCAUUAUAAAAUUAACUCAAAUCAAACUAAUGGCAGCCACUGGGCCAGAGCUCUGCGAAGAUUGCCAAAGGAGGGGGUCAGACUGUGCCUUGGCCAAAGGCCUGGUGGAACAUCUCUGUCUUGCAGGCCCUGCAGAAAGAUGUCAAGUCCCACAGGGCCCUAGUCUCUUGUGACAGAGCGUUCCACCAGAUCGGAGCCACAGCCGAAAAAGCCCUGGCUCUAGUUGAGGCCAGCCUAACCUCUCUGUGGCCUGGGACCUUCAAGAUGUUUUUGUUUGAAGACCGUAAGUUCCUCCGUGGGACAUACCAGGAGAGGCGGUCCCAUAGGUACGAGGGUCCUAGGCUGUAUAGGGCUUUAAAGGUUAAAACCAGCACCUUAAACCUGAUCCUGUACUCCACCGGGAGCCAGUGCAGCUGGUAUAGCACCGGGUGAAUGUGAUCUCGCAGCGAGGACCCCAUAAGGUAUAGCUGAAAGCGUAACAGGAAUGGCUCUGUGCAUCACAAUGGCCCCACCCCAAAUAACUCCUUGGAUGGAACAGGAAUUGAGUUGUUUUUAUUCCUUCUGAACAGCUACAUCAUGGAGAAGGUGGACCUGGUGAUAGUUGGCGCUGAAGGAGUGGUAGAAAAUGGAGGAAUUAUUAACAAGGUAAAGUGUGAGUCUGCCCAGGUUUUUCGUGGCUCCCUAAACAGUUUAGGAAAUAUUUGUUUUUCCAGAGCUGUCCUGCUAGAUCCGAACAAAAGUCCCGUCUUCUCCAACGUCCUGCUUUCUUCCAUUGGUUAGCCAGAUUAUUUAAGGAAGAAGUUUGGAAGCAGCAGAAGAAAGUGCUUGUCGUUCCUUAGUUUUUUCCCUCCAACACACACGAAAAAAGACUUUAAAAAUCCUAGUCAGCUUUCCUUUGUAAAAACUUAUUUGAUUCCAUCCCCUCUCUUUCUUCCCAACUGUCCCAAAUAAAUGUUAGAAUUCUGCAGCCUGUAUAUAUUGUUCAAAAUAAAUAAGUAGCAUUGCCUAUUUACUUAUAUGGGGGAUAAUUGUACAUAAUUUAUUCUAAUUUUGCUAGUCAUGGGGAGCAGCAUAAAACUACAUAGAGCAGAAGUGUUGACCAGUGGAAAACUUGUUUAGCUGCUCCUCUGUCAUCUUUACAACCAUAAGGGCCAGAAACUUGUUUUUUAAAAUAAAAUAGAAUAGAAAGCUAGAAUGUGGACCCACACACCCAUGUACAUAUGAAUGUUCUGGCUUCUGUGGAAUCCUAUCAUACAUGCAUAGCAUAAGGCAUGCUUAUGUGUGAACAUACCCUUUUUCUCAAAGGUUUUGAGACCUGAAUCUAGGGAGUUGCUUAUUUUUCUUGCAGGUAUAAUACAGGAUACAGUUAAGCGCUUUGAAGUUCUACUGAUUUUCAGUGAGAGAGGGAAACAUGUACUUUAUAGCGCAAACCUAGGCAUGUCAACUCAGGAGGAAAUCCCUUUAUUUCACAGUAGCGUAGUACGUUUAAAAUUGUAGCUUACUUACGUGGGAACCUGAUUAAACUCAAUGGGGUUUUCUUCUGAGUAGACAUGUAUAUAGGACUGCACUCUAAAUCUCUCCAACAAGACUUCACUGUGCUCGGCUUUGACAGAAUCUUACCCUUGGGGUUCCUUUUGUAUCAUAAAGCAAGGGGUGUUUGGUUCCUCAUCAUAACCUGUUGGGUGUAGUGAAGGGUUAACCUUCUGUGUCUCGAGGCUGAGAGGAGGCGCUUACAAGGGAAGUAAGCCAGGACGUGACGAAAGCAGCUUGGAAUGUUGUGAGCUGAGUGAAAAGUGAAAGCAGUUUUGCUACGCAGCUGCAAACAGAGGGAUAAGAUGCAGCUUGAAUCAGAUGGAAUUUCUCGCUUGUAAAUAUGCUACUUUUGAGCAAAUAAAGUGAUAUUAGGACAGAAGAGGCGUGUGGGACUUCUUUUACUGCCCUUUCAACACGGACGCUGUGCAAUUCUGCUAAUUGCUUUACGACCUGCAGAGGCGUGCCGGGGAAGCGUGCCGGAUGCCGAACAAUAAAGCAAUAAAUCUACCUAACAUAACCUGAGAACAUUUCUCUCCCCCCCCCCCCAUGGCCUUUUCAGAUUGGCACAAACCAAAUGGCUGUGUGUGCCAAAGCUCAGAACAAGCCCUUCUACGUGGUGGCUGAGAGCUUCAAGUUUGUGAGACUCUUCCCUCUGAACCAACAGGAUGUCCCAGAUAAAUUUAAGGUAAAGGAAAACUAACUUUGCUUCCUGGUUAUCUGCAUUCAAAACACUGUAGCCUGCAAUGGGGUGGAAACCUCUGAGGAAUUUAAUGUCCGAUCUUGGAAGUAAACCAGUAUAAGGGGCAGCCAUCCAGGGAUUUGGGGCACUGAGGUGCAUUUGUCGCCUUCAUUCUCAACUUCCAGAAUGAAUUUGAAAACAUUAAUGUUUACUCAGGCAUUUAGGGUCUGAAGAAUCCUGUUCCUGGCAACCCUGAAGGUGUCAGAUGAAGUGUUGUUUUUAAUGGUCACUGCUUUUAGAUGUUUUUAAUUGUAAUAGUUUUUCUAAUGUUUAAGCUGCUUUGUUUUUGAAUUGUGGGUGGGUGUGCCACCCUGGACUAAUUCAGGAGGAAGGGCAGGAUGUGCAUUCAAUGGAGAAAUAAAUGAUGGGUGGGAGACACCCAGUUCUUGUCUCUCCAUGGCAUCUGAAUUGGGUGAAGCUGUGCAAGACUUGCCUAUUUUGGGCAGUUUUUUUGAGGAGCCACUGAUUUCGGCCACUAUUAAUAAUUUUAAUUCAGUGAUUCAUGUUACAUUUUUCUAAUAGAUUUAUCUGUUUUAUAUCUCUUUAUCUGUUUGCUUUGUUGUAAACUGCCCUGUAACUUGUGGAAAGGGCAAUGUAUAAGUUGUCAACUAAGCAGAACCCCACGUUUUAUUAUAACCAGAACUGUAGCUUGAGCUGAGGAGAGUUCUUUCAGCUAUUUAUUUCAAGCACUUUCCCCCACAUUCUUCCGCCAAAAUAGGCUCCCAGAGUAGCAUACAAAUGCUUACCAAUAAGACAGUCCCUGCCCUCAUGCUUACAAUCUAAAAGAAUGACAUAAAAGGAAAAGGGUUUGUGGGAAGCAGAAGGAAAUCAAGCUCAGGCAUUAGAUCUUAGUUGCCAAGUUCCUCAGGUCGCAAUUCAGCAAGGGACGGAGCUGGAUCCAAGCACAGGGAAAGGGCUGCUUCAUCCUCUUCCACUUGCGGUGUCGACAGCAGUGAGCUAGAUGGGUCUGACUUGGUGUAAGGUAGCUUCCCAUUGUCAGCCUGCGUUCAGACUAUGCAGCCUGGGAAUAUGUGUGUUGAAUGUUACACAUGUACAGAAUACUGUAACAGGACCCAAACCAACGGGCUCAAAUGGCAAGGAAAAGGAUUUAGGCAAAAUGUCAGGACCCUCUUGAUGGACCACUCUGUUAGACAGUGGAACAGGCUGCCUCAGUCUGAAUCAGGCUAUUAAUAAUAAUAAUAAUAAUAAUAAUAAUUUUUAUUUAUCCUCGCCCUCCCCAGCCAAGGCCAGGCUCAGGGCAGCUAACAAGCAAUAAUAAAAACAAGUUGAAUGAAUACAACUUAAAAACAAUAUUAAUACAACAUUAAAAUAUUGAAACAUUAAAAUAUUAAAAUGCAGCCUCAUCACAGGAGGAGAAAGGAAAAAGAAAAAAGAAAAGAGGGGGUGGGAAUCAAAUCAAAUACUAAUCCUUCUGUCUUAGUAUUGUCUGCAAAACUGUGAUCCAGAGUUGCAGGCAGGCAACACUCUCAGCCAGGAAAUGAACCUGGGACCUUCUGCACACGAAGCCAACACUCUGCCCCCAAGCUGCCUCCCUUCCCUCCAUUACAGCUUCUAAAGGAGGCGCUGGGUGCCUGCCUAUUAGGGACGCUGUAGUAGCCAACUUUUCUGAAUGGGCAGGUGAUUAGACCAGAUUACCUUUAGGUGCCUCUCAGCUCUGUGAUCCUGUGUUCUAAGUCAUGCUGCCAAACUCGGGUGAAAAAAGUGUCCUUUCACAGAAAAUGAUAACUCACCACUUUUUCUUAUUUCUUCCCCAGUACAAAGCUGACACGUUGAAUCAGCGUAAGGCACUUACAGAGGAGCAUCCCUGGAUCGAUUAUACCUCCCCAUCUUUGAUCACUCUGCUCUUUACAGACCUUGGGGUCCUGACCCCCUCUGCUGUUAGCGAUGAACUGAUUAAACUCUACUUGUAAAAUUGUCCACAUCUGGCGUGCCUAAGGGUGAUUAUGUUUCUCUACCAGUCUGUUAAAAAGACAAACCCUGUAAGUAAGAAGAUUGCUGGUGAUGAAUCAUUGGAUGGCUCAAUUUGAAGAACCAAGUCUCUUAAAUGGGUUGCAUGCAGAGCCCACAAUGCAGCUUGGAAAGUUAAAUUGUCAGGAACAAAUUCACAGAAGGUUCAGAUAUGUUAGAUUUUAUUUGUAAUUCAGUUUAUUACCGACCCUUCACCAUAGGUCUUCUGUUCUGGGCCAUUAUUGAGGAUUGCACACACAUGAAGGUGGUGGGUGGAUGGAAGGACCCUGAGUGGGAGGUAGGGAAGACCACCCAGGGGGAGAGGCUGGGAGAAGAAAGGAAAGCUGGGUGGGUCUACCACUUUCUGUGUGAGACAAAACACUAAGAGCUGCCUUUAAGAGAGGAAUUCGCUUUUGCUUUCUCUGUUUUUAUUUAGAUUAGUUUCUUUUAUCUUACUGUAUUAUGACAAAGCUUUAAUAAAAUACUAUUUUUUAAAAAAAUACUAAAAUUAAAUAUAUUUUUAAAAAUAUAUCUUUUAAGAAGGCAGGCUUAAGAUGAUGGAGAACAGUUGGUGGCUGAUGAUCUGAACCUCAAUUCUCUUAGAUAAGAGAAGCCAGACUUUUCAGAAGGAAUGACACAAAAUGUUUAAAGCAGACAGCCAGGGAGUGACUACUUACAGUCAAUCCCUCAGGCCAGGUAGUCUUCCUACAAGGAGCUUGGAGUUGGAUACACGAUCUCUCCCUUGUUAGCCUCAUCACAG